AUGAAAAAUUUAAUUCGCCAUAAGUUAUGCACUUUAUAUAGAAAAACCCCAAUCACAAUGUUGGGCCAUACUUUACCCUGCAAAGUUGGAACAUUUGUGCAAUCGCGAUGGGUUAGUCAACAAACGGCGCGAAGAAAAGAAAACAGGAAUACAAAUCGUAUUUCUUUGAACGUGAUAAGUUCUGUAGCCGCUGACAAUCUGAUCGCUCCUUUGUUGUGUGUUACCCUAGAUGAUAGAAAGUACCUAAUAGGAAACAUGGGGGAAUUGAUGCAAUUGAAGUUUCGAAACCACCCACUCAAUUAUGGAGGGAAAAUAUUGCGGUCGUUCAUGAUGCCUGGAAGUGGCCAAAAGUACAACCCAUGGAGCGCGACUGCUGGCCUUCUAGGUUAUGUACAGUCCAGCGAAAUAGACACCGUGUUGGAUGUGUAUGCUCCUUCUAGCAUAACCUCACUUAUUGCUAAUUCCAGGAACUUAACUUCAGGCAGUAGCCUAAAAUUGAACGUUAUACCCUUUCAAGACAAGUUCUCGGAGGAUCAUGAAAGCUUUGAGUUUCGCGAAAAGAAUUUUUGUACUAUAAAAGGAGAAAUGUUCCCUUUGUGGUCAUACUUGUCUUUCAUGACCGUGCCCAUCCAUGGCACUUUUGAUGCUGUGAAGGCAAAACUCUUAGGUGUCCCUUUCGGAAAGGCUAAUGGCUUACUAUGCGAAGGGAAAUCAGUCUUAGCUAAUGACAAAAAAACAUGGGUGCACCCGGAACAGGUACUGGGUCCUACAAAACCGGCUCAAGGGUUUGUUGUUCUCGGUUGUAGUAGUCCUGCGGCCAUAAAAGAUCUUUUGCAGUAUGUGAAUGCCUGGGAACACGAUAUCCCUUCUUGCAUUAUUCAUGUUCUUGAUGAAGGAGUUUGGGGCAAUGAUUACUUAAAGUUUUUGGAGCACCCAAUAAUGCGACAUUCUAAGCAUAUAAUAUCGUGUGUAGAGCUUGGAAAAGACACCCCAACAUUCAAAAGAAGUAAAUCUGUUAAUGUGCUGCCUAGUUGCCAUGGGUUCUUGUCAGCUAGCCUUUCGAUUCCUCGUAGUCUUCCUGAAAAUGUUUUUAUACUGGAAGAGGGUUUGAGUUUAGAAUUAUCGGAACAAAAAUGCUUGGUAAAUAGUGAGCCUACGGAGAAUGCCAUAGUAGAAACUCACUCUUCUAAUGCAUUACCGUCUCCUUCCGAAGGUUAUGUAGUGGAUAUUUUGGGGACGAGUGCAACGGCUCCAACACUGUAUCGGAGCUUAAGCUGCUAUUUGAUAAAUGUGGACAACAGUUUCGUUUUACUAGACUGCGGUGAGGGAUCAUAUUCUCAGCUGAUACGGCAAUACGGAACUAACAUUGACUCUGUAUUGAAGCAACUCCGUUUAAUUUUUGUUUCCCAUAUGCAUGCUGACCACUGGCUAGGGCUUGUGAAUAUUCUCUUAGCCUGGAAUAAUAGUACUUGUGGUUCAGACUCUAAAAUUACCAUCGUUUGCCCCCGGUCGCUCCGCUUUUGGGUGUCGAGGGUUUGUGAUUCUACCAAACUUUCUCAAAUUGUGGAACGCAUUCGCUUUGUUGAUGCUUCCACUGUGCACAUGGGAAACAAAUACUUCUUGUCACAGGAUUUAUCUUUAUACACAGUCCCCUCUAUUCAUAUAUAUGAUUCCCACUCUGUUGUUUUAUCUCAUAGAAGCAGUGGGAAACUGGUUUAUAGUUCUGAUACCCGCCCAAAUAUGAAGCUAGCGAAGGCAGGGAAAAAUGCAGCCGUUUUAUUGCAUGAAGCCACGUUUGAAGAUGAUUUACAUGAGGAAGCUGUCAAUAGAUACCAUUCGACCAUCUCGGAGGCAUUGAUGGUUGCGAAGAGAAUGCAAGCAAAACAACUAAUACUAACACAUUUUAGUACUCGUUCUAUGGAUAUUUCUUCUAGUGGUCCUAAUUGGUCUAUUUAUCCCAAACACAAAACCAUUCAUGCUCGAGACGGGAUGCGUUGGAAGCAAUCUACAUCUUGA